GCUAAUGUUUUCUCGUCAUUCAAUCAAUCAAAGACUUUCUUGCUUCUCAUGCAAACCACAAAUUACUUAGAAAAAUAAAAUAUCCAAUAUCCAAUAUCCAAUAUCCAAUAUCCAAUUUCCAAUUUCCAAUUUCCAAUUUCCACAAAAUAGGCCUAUCGUUUAACGAAUUAUUAUGGAUGGAUAUCCUUCGUCUCUGACUGUUUGCAGAAGCAGGAUCCAUACACGUGUUCAUACUCACAAGUCACACCUAUAUGCUUAAUUUUCUUGAUAAAAAUUUGAUCUUGGUGGGCUAUUUUGGGUGUUGAGUGAUUUUAGGAGGGGUUGUAAUAAUUUGGAGGCUAGAAAUGAGUGGAAUUUCCUUUUUUCGGGUAAUAUUUUUGAAAUAAUACAUAGCUUCAGCGUUUGACCUUUUGUCUCUUGUGGUUUCUGGUGAUUCUUGGUACGCUCUCUCUCUCUCUCUAGACUUUGCUUGUUUCGUUUAUGUGAUGAUUGUGCUGUUGUAAAAAUUGGUUCUUGAUUUGGUUUGUCUGGUGUGAGUGUUUUGGAUAAAUUGGGUUUGGAUUUUUGAUGUUUUUAUUUUGUAGUGGAAUUUGGAGGUUAUGGGCUGAGUUUUUUGGUUGGAUUAAUGGUGUUUGUUGCAGUUUUGGGUUUGAAAUUAUUCAGUUGAAUGGACUGAUUAUUGAUGGGAUUUUGGAUUAUGCACUUGCUGGUUUUGGAUUAGGAUUGUGGUGCAAUUUGAGAAAGGAGUUAAUGUUUCUGAGUUGUUUUCAUGAUUACCAUUAGCUUUAUUUGAUUGUAGAUAUUGGGAUUUUGAUUUGUGAAGUUUCUAGUUUUGGGGGAACAUGAUUUAUUAAGGGGCAUUUUGCUAUGGUAACUUGAAAAAAGUCGUGGCGGAUCCAUAACUUAAUUUUGGGGCGUAUCCGUUAGGUGGAAAUGGUUUGCAAGUUCCCUUUGGGAGUUUAUCAUACCGUUGCUUCGUUUUUGGCACGAGCACGGAACGAAGCAUGUACAGUUCUUGUUGGGGUGUCGAGGCGCGUUGGUUGGGAUUCUUUAGCUGGAUAAUUGUUAGAUGAUUACAGCACCACGGUGUUAAGUUGGGUUAAUUAAGCAUUUUUUUUUCUUCUUGUUAUUGAAACUUAUAGAUUAGAUGACGAGGUUAGGUAUUUCUUUCUCGAGCAGCCACAAUGUCCAACUCAUAGAUGGUGUUCUUGCAAUGAUACAAGCUGCAUUUUAUUGUUUAUGGAUUAAGAUAUUAAAGGCUCAGUUUCAAUCUUGAUGUUAGUUUCAAAGGAAAAACCAAAACAAGUUUAUCUUCAAUCCUAUGUAUGUUCUUUUUGUUUUCAAAUGUGCAUUGUUUUCGUUUGAAUGUUGUUUAUUGUCUAUUUCUUCGUUGUUUUAGUUUGUCGAAUUCUUGAUGAACUAAUAAUGUAGAUAUCAAAGAUGGCCGAGGUCAUGAAAUGGCUAUUUCGUCUCAUGAAAUGCCUUAAUGCAUCGUUUACUAUGUUUGGUCAUCUCGUACUCCCUGUUGUAUAGAUAUGUUGAUUAUUGUUGAAACCAUCGAUCUUUGCCUAACACUUACCGGCUCCGCGGAUUGCAGGUGCUCUGACGAGUAAGGACCCUACCAUAGCAGGAGAAUGGAGGGCGCAAAAGUUUUGGUUGAGGACGACCCUCCUGCGCCAGGAACUUCACCUCUGAAGGGGGACGCAGAAACCACUAGCGUUUCUUCUAGAGAGGAUUUGGCCGAAAAUUCUCCUGACGCAGGUGGGGAAACGGUAGUGGCAGAAAAUGGAUCUGCCACGCCUGCAAACGCCCAAGACGCCACUCGCUCAAUCAAUGAGGAGACGAAUAAAGAACUUGCAGAAGUAAUCAUCCCUCAAGAUAACAACAGUGCCAUCGCGCACGAGAACAAAGAACCAGUCGAAGCAUCUGUUCAACCGAGCACAUCAGAAGGCGAGCCGUCAGUUGCAUCAGCUGACCUCAGGAUUAUUGCGCCUCCGUCACUGGCGGAUGAGCAUAUACCACCAACUCCUUCAUCACCUCAAGUGAAUAACACUCCCACUUUCCGGCUGCCGAAAAUAGCAAUAAAAUCUAACAAGACCGAGAAAUUCCCUGACCAACCCGAGACGCCUAGAACUCCUAGGACGCCUAGAACUCCUAGGACUCCUAGGACGCCUAGAACACCAAUUAGCAUCGACUUCAGUAGAGGUCAAGUUGAUACGGCAGCACCUUUCGAAUCUGUGAAGGCUGCUGUUUCUAAGUUUGGUGGGAUCGUGGACUGGAAAGCCCACCGUGUUCAGACCGUGGAGAGACGAAAAACCAUAGAAGAGGAACUCGAGAAAGCUCAAGUGGAGAUACCGUUAUAUAAGAAGCAAUCCGAGGAUGCUGAAGAGGCCAAACUCGCAGUUCUGAAAGAGCUAGACAGCACUAAGAGACUUAUCGAAGAGCUGAAGCUCAAUCUCGAACGAGCACAGACAGAAGAGAAACAGGCGAAGCAGGAUUCCGAGCUUGCAAAGCUUAGGGUCGAAGAGCUGGAGCAAGGGAUUGCCGAUGAAUCCAGCUUCGCAGCCAAGGCGCAGCUUGAGGUCGCCCGAGCAAGGCAUGUGGCCGCCGUUUCAGAAGUCAAGACCGUUCGAGAAGAGCUGGAACUGCUCAGGCGGGACUAUAACGCGUUGAAAGCCGAGAAAGAUGCAUAUGUGAAGAAGGCGGAAGAAGCUAUUUCCAAGUCGAAAGAGAUUGACAAGUCCGUAGAGGACUUGACAAUCGAGCUUAUCACUGCGAAAGAGUCGUUGGAAUCUGCACACGCUGCACAUCUGGAGGCGGAGGAGCACCGAAUCGGAGCAGUUAUGGCGAAAGAACAGGACAUGCUCAACUGGGAGAAGGAGAUCAAGCAAGCUGAGGAUGAUCUCGAGAAGAUGAAAGAGCAGGCUUCGUUGUCGAAGGAUAUGCAGUCGAAGUUGGAUACUGCAACUGCGUUGCUGAGAGAUUUGAAGGCUGAAUUAGCAACGUACCUUGAAUCAGAACCUCAAGGGAAACCGGCCGGAAAUUUUGAAGAUGUGCUCAACGAAACGGAUAAAGCAAACCGUGGUCAAAUCGAAGCAGCUAUUUCCGCGGCUAAGAAGGAACUCGAAGAAGUGAAACUCAAUUUCGAGAAAACGAACAACGAAGUUACCAUCCUGAAGGUGGCUGCGGUAUCGUUGCAGUCAGAGCUCGAAAAGGAGAAGGCGGAACUGGCUACUAUUCAGCAAAGGGAAGGAAUGGCAUCGAUCACAGUUGCGUCUCUCGAAGCUGAGCUGAACCGGACGAAAUCCGAAAUUGCGCUUAUUCAGCUCAGGGAGAAAGAAGACAGAGAGAGAAUGGUUGAGCUUCCAAAGAUGCUACAAAAGGCAGCACAAGAGGCUGAUCAAGCAAAGACCCUCGCCCAGGCCGCUCGCGACGAGCUCAGAAAGGCGAAGGAGGAAGCGGAAAAGGCAAAGGCGGGUGCCGGCACCAUGGAGAGCAGAUUACGCGCGGCUCAGAAAGAAAUCGAAGCGGCUAGAGCUUCCGAGAAGUUGGCACUCUUAGCUAUCAAAGCAUUGACGGAGAGUGAGUCUACUCAAAGCAAAAACGAGGAGGAUUCGCCAGCCGGAGUAACACUCUCGUUGGAAGAAUACUACGAGCUCAGCAAGAAGGCCCACGAGGCCGAGGAGGAGGCGAGCGAGCGCGUCGCUGCUGCUCUUGCCGAGAUCGAGGUAGCCAAGGAGUCCGAGGCAAACACCUUAAAGAAGCUGGAGGAAACCAACCGCGAAAUGGCUGAGCGAAAGAGCGCCUUGAAGACCGCGCUGCAGAAGGCCGAGAAGGCCAAAGAAGGGAAGCUAGGCAUCGAGCAAGAGCUGCGUAAGUGGAGGGCCGAGCACGAGCAGAGACGGAAAGCCAGUGAUUCGGCUCCGAGCCCGGCCCAGAGGCUAGACGCCAAGAGCCACGUCAGCACAUUCAAAUCCGCGCCGCUCCAUCAGAUGUCGAGCCCCGGCUCGUUCACGAGCAACACGGGAACGGAUACGUCUCCAGACGUCAAGCCUGCGAAGAAGAAGAAGAGAUCAUUCUUCCCAAGAAUAUUCAUGUUCUUGGGCAAGAAGAAGUCGUCCAAGUCGUCGCAGACGCCGCCGUCGUGAUCGUCUCCCCCGUGUCGGAAACGCCUUCCCUGUAAGUGAGUUUUCUCCUUCGGAAACACCUUAAAUCUGUUGUCCAUUCUUGACAAACACGUCUAUAUUUGUAUAGGAGUAUUGUUUUGUGUACAAUAGGUUGCUCAGAUCAUAAAUUUCUUUUUUUAUUUUUUCUAAUACUUGGCUGGGUUAUACAGUUUGUAAUCUUAGCUUGGUGUGGCUAUUGAGGCAUUGGAUUCUGUAACGAAACUUUUCUUCUUUUUUCAUUCAUUAAUAUUCAAAGUUUUGUUUCUA